AUGGACACACCUAGCGCAGCGCUGCAUAGACAUACUGUCGGGCAGCUGCGGAAAUUGCUACUGCACCGAGAGGGUUCUGCGGGCUGUGGACGCUUGCAGCCGGCUUUAGAUGGGUCACAGCCGUUGGACUCUCCACUCAGCACCGUGCCCUCGUCGCGCAGCCAGGUGCGCGUGCAGCAGGAAUUGUGGAAGCAGGAUCCAACAUACUUCCAGAAGGCGGCGCUGUCGGCACUGGCAUGUAUGAAGAUACUGCGACAUGCCUUUGAUGGCGGAGACAUGGAAGUGCUCGGUAUGCUGCUGGGGUAUGUGCAAGAUGAGAUGAUAGUUGUGGUGGAUUCGUAUAGGCUGCCUGUGGAGGGCACCGAAACGCGGGUGAACGCGCAGAUGGAAUCCUAUGAGUACACGGUGCAGUACCUGGAGACGGCGGUGCCAGAGGGGCUCGCGAUAGUGGGCUGGUACCACUCGCAUCCGGGAUAUGGAUGCUGGCUGAGUGGCAUUGAUGCGGAGACUCAGACGCUCAAUCAGAACUUCCAGGACCCGUAUCUGGCGAUUGUAGUUGAUCCUAAACGCUCCAAGGCUAGUGGGGUCAUUGACAUUGGCGCGUUCCGGACGAUGCCCGAGACCGCGGACACGAGAUCAGUGUCCUCGCACUCAAACGCCUCGCGUUACGGACACCACUCGGCCCGGUAUUAUGAGCUGGAAGUUUCGUACUUUGAAGUGCCGCAGGAAAGGCGAUGGUGCGACUCGAGGCUGUCGGUCGAGCCACCUAAGCCUGCUGAUGCCACCGAGAGGGCCAUGCUGGCGCAGUUGCUGGAAGCAGCGAAGGCGUGCAAAAACGUCAAACGCCUGCAAACAGUAGAUAGAGCCCUAGUCCCGGAAUCGAUCGGGCCAUACGCACUUCGCGAACAGGCAGACCAAGAUCUGCAAUUCCGGCGUCCUCUGCGCUCAUUCUCUAGCAACAGUAUUGCCCGCAGGAGCAGCACUGAAGUCGCAUUGGGGAAUGCGAAUGAAGAGCUAGACCCCUUGCCCACCCUUGCAGAUGCGAACCUUCGUAACCAUGACAGUCCAUCCGCAGAUAUGGCUAUGGAUAACACGAGUAUUUCUAGCAACGAAGAGCAGCCUCAUCUGACAUUCCAAGAAUCUUCCGGUGUGCAACUUAAUGCCGCAGAGACCGAGUAUUUUGACAUAAAGAAUGAAUUACUGACCUUGAAGUUACUGGAAUAUCAAAAAGCAAGGUUUUACAGAGAUGCGUUCACGCUAUAG